CUGCAGAGAGAGCAGUUCUGUCAAGGGAGAAGCUCGAAGACUGAACUGCUUCAGCCAGGACCUGACAACCCAGAAUGGCUCAACAAACCUCUCUGGGAGAGGAGCCUGUGCAUGUUUAGAGCAGCUCAAAUGUAAAUGUGUGCUGUAUUUUGGGAUUACCUAUAGUGCAUCAGAGAUAAUGCACCAUAAUACACUUCCCAGAGCCUGCCCUGGUUGCUUCCCUGGGUUUCUCCAGCCCUGCUUUCUCACUCAGAGACAGGAGAGUUCGUUUUCUGCAGAAGUACUCACACACUCACUGCAGUUCCCUGUGGCCCGUGAGAUCCCCGUGGGGUAACACAGGGCUCUGCCUGGGGUGGUGUCCACCUGUACAGGACAGCCACUGAAAUGUAGCACAAUCUCCUUCCUCCUCCUCUACUCUCUGGUGGACCUGCCACAAUGCCACAGCCUCCAGGGCCAGUGGUCCUGGGCUGCAGCUGGGGCCAGAGAGACCACUAUGGUGUCAGUGUCUCCAGACUAAACAUAUGGCUGAUGGCAGGAUGAAAUUUAAACUGCUGAAUUAGACAGAACUCAGGUCUGGAUCAGAGAAGAUUAAUGCGAAGAAGGUGGGGAAUAACAGAGGUCAGCAAACCAACUAAGGGUGAAGAGCAAACUCUCUUCAAAUUCCCAGCAUGCACCAUGGAAAAAAGAAAAGGCUGUGAAGUUCAUUUUCCUCUUCCACAUUGCUCCCAUUCAGUUAGGGAUGGGCAAUCACCACUGGGAGUGCAAGGAGCUUCCCAGCACACCAAACUGAACAUGAGAGGUUCGCUUAUGUUUCAGAACUGAGUCCCAGAUCAGCACAGCUGCAAGAUGGGAAGAGCAAAGUUGUACAGACCAAGGGAGUCUGUAGGCAUCCAGCUCCUCUGAGGAUGCCAGAUCCCUCUGUCUGCAUUUAAGAAAAGCCAAAGGGACAAAUACUGCUGUGUGCAUCCUUUUAAGCUUUCCCAUAUAGCUUUCCCUGGUGACCUUUCAGCUUCUAAAAUUUUUGCUGUAACUUAGUAAAAAACACUUUGACUUUACUAUCACACCUGUCCAAGUGAAGGUGGGGGGGAGGAAACGAACUGGAGCCAGCGGAGCACACUUUGAGCACAGUGCUCCCCUGGAGAUGCCAAGCUGCAGCCAGCAGCAUGGCCAGGCUGUCCUGGGCCCUGCAGCAAAUCCUCUCCAUCAGCAGUUGCUGCCCAAAUGCUGCUCUCAGGAGCGGCCUCUCUGUCCCUGCAGCCCAGCAGCCCCUGGAGCAACUCCACCCACAGAUCCAGGUAAAUCCAAAAGGUGAGUGAGCAGCCUCAGGCCAAAACUACAUCAGGUCUUCAGGCAGGGUCAGGCUUCUGGUCAAAACUACUGCACGUGCCUUGUGUCUGUGUAGGGUUUAUUUCCCUUUGGGACACAUGUGCUGUCUCUGGACAGGGCAUGAGGUUUUUCUCUCCUGUAGAUGCAGACUCCAACAGGACAGGACACCCCUGGGUAAUGGGCAGGUGUGGCAGAGACUGUGGCCCAUGGGGGAUGCACUGUGCUCCUGCCUUGUUCGUUGGCACUUCCUUCUGAAUAAGAUCCUCUCUGGCAGGCUCAGUGUGAGCUUGGUACUGGUCAGGAAAGGGCAGCAGGCAAUACCAGAAAGGAAAAAUUAUUUUGAAACUGAAAGAAUCCAGGGUUCUCUGAUGUCUUUCUCUGCUGGGUGAAUAACACACCGUGCAGCCACAGUGUUUGUAAGUAGGCUCUUCUCUAUAUUUUUAGCAACUGAUCUAUGAGAUCAUUUUACUAUUUUCAGUUGUUUGUGACUUGGGAAGUUUUUGCUGGGAACAUUCUGAGUGGGAAGGAGCACAUACUCUGAGGUUCCAGUGAGGGGCGGAGAGGACCCUACAUACCCAGUAAAUGAUACUCAUUUUCUGAGCAGCUCACUUCCCCAGAACAUCAUCAGUCCAGGGCAUCUCCAGCGUUGUGGGAAAUGCCCUCUGUUGUUCUUCCAAGAUACAGGAGAACAGGCACGUAUCCCAGAAAAAUCCUGACACUCUCCAUUAAACUGACCAAUCAGUUUCAUAAGCAGGCAGUUGGACUGUAAGCCUGGAUGGCAUCUCCUAUGCCCCAUUCACAAGCAAACAGCGUCUUGCUUAAAGCAGGAAAUACAGUUCUCAGUGGUUUCAGUGCAAAGGGUCCACAGCACAUGACACAUAUAUUCAGUAUGUCCUACACUGUUCCCAGUAUUCACACAGUGCUGGCUACAAACACCUACAUCUGGCAGCUGGGCACCAUUAGCAGUCCCUGCCCUCAAAAGGGGCAGCUUGAUCAUCUCUCUCUUGCCUGCCCCUCCCCUGCCUGCCCUGUGGCAUUAGUGCCUUACAGCAUCUCUUGUCUCAAAUUACAAAGAGACCCUGACCCUGAGUGCUGCUCUUCAUUCAUAAACGAAUAAGGAUGCAAUAAUUAAUUGACUGAGAGAUAAGCCACUGCUAUAAUUGUACAUCAAGCCUGCAGGAUUCCCCCAACGCCGCCCACACUGUGCUAAAACUGUGGAUUCCUUCAUCUAUGCCAGAACUUUAACAAGUAUUAAACAGAGACAGCCUCUUGCCACCAGGGCAAGGCUCAGAAGAGAGGGGUUACUGGGGCUGCCUGUAUGUGGUGUGGCCCCAGCAGUGGAGGAGUUGGAAUGCAGGGCUGUGGGCCACAGCUUGACGUGCUCCUGCCUGGCAUCUUAGGCACAGCCUUAGCCCCUUUCUCCACCUUACACAUUUGUUUCACAUUGUAGAUGCGAUUUCUUGGUGGCAGCAUCCUCCUGGCGUUGCAUCCCACCAGCCCAAGUCCUCUGCACCAUCCCUUUUCUCCCCAGGAGGAAACAUGGACACGCACCGGCCACUCCCAGCCCCUCUGACGGGAUGAAUAAUCUCCCACAGCAAAGGGCAUUAUAACAAGAAGCUUAUCCUCCUUCCCCAGCAAACCUGCACCACAUCAACAACUCUCCAACAGUCCCUGCAGCAAUUGCCAACUGGGUGCCAGCAGCACCGCUGUCCUCUCUGCUCAGUGUCCCCCCGAGCCAGGCCAGUGUCUCACAGCCAGACACGUGGCUCACACCCCAGUCCUGCUGACCUUUAGGACCUUGGCAGGGCAGCAGGCUUUCCAGCCAGGAUGAUUUUGUCUGAGCAGACCCCCAAGUUCAAGGUCAUUUUUAGAUUUUUGCAUGUUUCAGAGCUUUGGCAGGUCUUCCAUGAGUGAGGCCCAGCCACUGACCCAAAAAUCCAUCGGAGCCACAGGACACUGGAGCCCCUCACAGCCUGACAGUCAUGGCUGGCAUCUGCAAGCCAGUGAGAAACAGAUGUCUCAGCCUUGGGACUUUAGUGUUUCCACAGCUCCAGGUUCACCAGCUCAGACACAGAAGUUUUAAGUUACUUUAUUACAUUCUCUAUAGCGCUUAUAGAAGUGUGAAAUGGCAAUUUUAGUACCAAAAGGAGACUGUUUAUCUAUUUUUAUUUCCUUUUGAGUUAGAAGAGUGAAAAAAAAACCAAACUUGUUUUCUCCAAGAAAACAAACUGACCUUUGAGUGUUAUGAAAGCCUUUAUACAAUAAUUUGGGCAAAGAGAACUGGAAUUUCUUCUGUGAAGCAUUUUUUUCCUUAAAAAAUGCCAGUUUGCUAAGACUAGAACAGUUUGCAGAAAGGCUUCGUUUCAGUGAAUCUGCCCAUUUGAUGGAUGGUUAGAAAAUUUUUGAACUGCUGAAAUGCUAAAUUUGUCAGCACAACUCUUCAAAUAGGAAGUUUAUUUACAAUUGGAGUUUAAAAAAUAGAAUUAAAAUUUAAAAAGCAGAAAAAAUAAUAAAACUAAAAUUUAAAUUUAAAUAAAAACAAAGUAUUUUUGCAUUAUUUAAAAUCAAAAUGUUUAAACUGACCUAAUCCAAAACACAUUGUGAUCAUCAGUUCACAACAGCUUUGAAAUUUGGAUUUCUGGGAAGUGGAAAGUUCACCCCACCCUAGGAGGAGCCUGGUAAGCUGCUCGGGCAAGAAAGCUUCAGGCAGGUGGGGACUGGGGUGGGAGCUGAAGUUCAUGGUUGUGCUCCUGAGAAAACUGCCAACCUUGUGCAAUGGCAUCACUUUCUUUUCAGGUAUCUCCUCUGAAAUGGGCUCAAAUAACUCCCUGACCUGUGCCUGUGACCAUGGCCAUGCAAAAUAUGAGCUCUGCAUAUGGACAGGCUGGAAUGCACCUGUUACCUCCUUUAAAGAGCUGCACGCAAAAUAAAUAUAUCUAGGACUGAUGCAAAAAUAAUGUCAGUCUGAAAUCAAGAAGCCCCAUGACUGUUUUCUCCCAGCAACUGGGAGGUGGGACACAGCCACUGCCUGGUUCCCUGAGCCUGCACAAGGCAUGGGGUGGGCUGGGACAAUGUUGGGCUGCCCUUGUUUAUGCUUUUUUUACUCAUCUGCCCCUAUUUGGUGGGUUUGGUUUCAGUAUUCAGAACAGCACAUUUUCAAAGCAACAGGUUUCUGACAACAUUUCUGACUCUCUCCCUCUUCACCAAAGGCAGUGCAAGACUUCUAAUGAAAAGAAAAACAAACAUUUAACUAAAGGCACAUGUUGGUCUUGCUAACCAACACUAACUAACCUUAGAAGGCUUAUUGCUGUUUUGGCUUUGCUUUUUACCAAAAAAAAAAAAAAAAAGAAGUAGUAUUCUGGGCUGGAACUACUGUAAGGCAUAUUUAGAGCAAGAUAAAAAUCUAGUCAAGAUCCUGACCUCUGUUGAAGGCAUUAUUGUCCAGGAAACAUAUUGGGAAUAACUGGCGGGUGUGGAAGGCCAAAGGAAAUAAUUAAAACUGGGUGUGUGAACUGAGUUUUUUUCCCAGGUUUGUUGGUUGGUUUUUUUGCCCCUGCUUUUUGCACCAGAGAAAGCACAAAAAACCAGUUACAUUCAUUCUAAUUUAGGGAAAAGCAGGGGUUUUAAGGUCAAAACAAAAAGGAAGAUUUUAUCCUACAGUACCUCUCCAAAGCCUGCGCUGGCAAGGUGCUAAUGCACUUCCUUUCUGGGUGGAGUGAUGCUGUCCCUGCCCCUGCCCCCUGGGACACCAAAAGGCACCCAACUACGGCUCAUCAUAGACAUCUUUUAUUGUGGCUUAGGGCCAAAAAGGCAACAAUAAUACUUUUAUUUGCACAGAAUGUUUCAUAAUCCACUGGGGUUGCAACCAAGUGGGUUGUGUGCAGCUGUGCCAUUCUCAUUCAACUUCCUAAGUACCAAAUUAAUGUGCUGGUUUGUGGUUGUUACAGAAGACACCAAGUGGCCUGUUUUUCCUCCUCCUUGCUUGAUAAUGCAUCCUGCUGUGAGUCCUCCUGAGGGCUGCUGCUGUUGACUUUUAUCCUCCCAGGGCUAAACCAACAUUUUAAUACCAAACAGUGCAUAAUCAGUGCAAACCUGCCCUUGCUCUGGUCCCCAGCUGGCACAAGAGAUGUAUUUGUUUGAAACCCAAAAAGACAAACCAUUCUUUCUCUUGGUUGAUCAUCUCCAAACUGCUUUGCCUGGCAGCUUGGAGUGAGGCUCCUUCAUCUGGAAUCAAUGUCUGUUCUCCUUACUGCUAAGCCUAACAUUUUCCUGAAUAGCCAGGAAUAGACUGACAUUGUGGGGUUUUUAAGUUCACAGAGCUAUGUGUUAUUAAUAAUAGCCAAGAAUCAAAAGUAUUAUGAUUAAACAGUUCUAAUAAAUAUAAUUGAGAGAGACAGAAGUCUGAAGGCAUUUUUACAUCUGAAACAGGUCAAUUCAAGCAUCAUAAAAAUUCACUGCUAUAAAGAAUAUAAAUACCUGGAGCUUUUGGAGCAAAUCCAGUCCAAGCCCAAAGAGCAUCAACCAGGAAUGCCUUUAAUAAACAUUUAAUUAAUCAAUCAUUCCUAACUCUCUUCUAGCAGGCAUUUUACCUGGUAAUUAGUUUAUCUAUGCUCUGAGCUCACAUCAUAGCCCAGUGUGCUCCUCCUUCUGGGCAAUACCACUGGUGGGUGCUCACUGAUGGAUUCCAAAGUCCCUGGUACAGCUGUGCUGGCUCCACUCCCAGAGGCUGUAUCAGAGGCACAUCCAGCACCACAGUGCUCAAACAGCCAGACCAGGUGAGUGCCCAUACCUGCACCCAGGGCUUGAGGUGUGGCUAGGUAUCCAAUGUCCCCCACGGCAGGCAAAGAGGGAUGUGUUCUCCCACCAAGACCUGGGGUAAUGCAGCAGCUUCCCUAAUCACCUGGGAUUUUGUUGGCAAUGAGGAAUCUCUUGUCUCCCUGCUGUUGCUGCCACUGUCCAUGGGAGUCACAGGGGCAGGAUUGAGCUGGACUUGCUGGGCAUGCUGAAGGCUUAUCCUCAUCCUCUAGGAGCCACAAACCUCCCAAGGCAGCCAGUGAGAGGGCUGAAACCUGGACAAUAGGACAAUAGGCACCCCAGCUUGGGGCAUGUUCUCCCCUCACCCUGGGAGAUGAGCCUGACCACAGUUCUGUAAGCAUCAUCUGGCUCCUGCGGUGUCCAGAGCAGUUUACAUCCAGGCCAUGCUAUAGCCCCAAUUCAAAUACUGACAGUUUUGAAACUGUAUUUUUUUUUUACUCAGUUUUCGUUUCUAUGAAAACAUGAUAAGAAAGUUUAUUUCAACAACUGAACUGUGGGAAUCCAUUAGAUAAUUAUCCCUGUCCAGCUUUCUGAACUCCUCCGUUGUCAGAUGGAACUGGUUUCUUUUGAGGACUAUCUUUAUUUUGACUAUUUAUUUAGAAUAUUUAUUUUGACAAUCAAACUAGUAUAAAAAUGCUGCCUUGAAUCCAGCCCUAGCCUAGCUGCUUUGGGGCUGAGCUGCUUUAGAUUUCAGAGACUGGAAACAAGUGCUGGGCUUGCAGAGGUUGCUCAGCUGCAGCCCUGUGGCUUGAUGUAUCACACCUAGCUUUGUCUCUUGAGGAUUAUGCUGACAGGGUAGGGUCUGUGCCCUUUCCCUGCCCGUUUGUUUUCUAGGGCAUUUGAUUUCAAAAGGUCUAUGAGGUCUUCUAGAGGGAAAUGCUUUGUAACUUCUACUAAUCAUAAAAUAAAUCAGGUAGAAACGCACAUAGGGACCCUCUAGUUAGGAUCUAGAACUGCGUCUUGCCAAGGGACAGAGCUGACAUCUCCUGAAGUGAAAGACUGUCCUCCUCGAGGGACAACAAAAUAUGAGGAUUCCCCACCAUUGUGGACAGACAGACAAAUAUGUCUGUUCUGCAUCUCUUCAAAGAUGCAAAGCCAUCAUGCUCAGCAGUGGCCUCACUCUCAGGCUGGCAUUGAUUCCUGGAGGUUGGGACCUGCUGGAGUAUCCCAUGUGCACAACAGUACAUACCAGUAUUUUGACAUGAGGGUGACAACCGAAUGCCUUCACAGCUGGGUUGAGCAGUGUGUUGGAGUGAGGUUGCUGAUCAAACUUGGCACGAUGUGAUGGAAUUGUGAACUGUGGGAGAAGCCAAUAUCAAUAAAUAUCAGCAUUUUCAGCACCAGUCUCAGUUAUGUGAAGGGCCAUCUCAUUCUGUGAGCACUUCCCUCACACUCCACUAUUGUCCAAGCAAGUUUCUUGGCUGCUUCCUCACUCCUGUGCUGGGGCACUUGUGGGAGGAAGGGUAGGGGAUGGUGUCUCCCUUCCUCUGUGUUUGGCAAGCACACUGCCAUCACCAUCCUCACCAUGGGGUUCCCUGCAGAGCAUGUGGCAGCACAAAUGACUGCACAGCAAGUGCAUAAGACAGUCCUUGUGUCAAGCAUGUCACCAUGUCAUUUGUCACUGCUGCAGUGUGACUGUUGAUCUCUCACUGCUAGCGAUUCUUUUUAAUGAGAGUAGAUGGACUUCAAAGUCCCAGAGGAGUGAAUUCAGGCAGGGGAAGGUUGAUGUGCAGCUCAGUCUUGCUGGCCAACUUCCUACUGCUGAAGCUAAGCUGAAUUUGCUAGUCGCUAGUGAGAAAUGUGUGGAUGUGCCUCUGCUCCAGGAGACCCAUGUCCAUCAACCCAGGUUGCUCCGACCUCCUGUAUCUGUAAGGGGAUACAGGUAAAUUUUCCAUGGCUAUCCUGAGUGGCAGGAUGCAUGCUUGUGUUGGGCUCAGUCACCCAGAGGGAAUUCAUAAAGUUCCCAGUGCUGACAGGAGCUACCAGGACAAGUAAUCCUGGAAAGUAAGCCAGCACAGGUUAGUCACUGCCCAUAAAUCCAAGUAGGACACUGUGGCAUGUAUGGGCUUAACAUAGGAGGGUAGGUAUGGCUGGGUGGGAUUCAAACAAAGGAGAAGGAGAUACCAUGUAGACAAACAGGAAAAAAUAGGAUUUUUUUUUCCAAGGAAAAGCCUACUUUUUAAACAAAAAUAGGAAAAUAUGAAGGAGUUUGGAUGCUGCUCUCCUUCAUCCUUUGCUUCCAUGAGCAAGGCAGAGAACUGCAAAGCAGCUGCCAAACAAACCCAGAGAGUGUGAGUCCAAGGCACGUGGCAGCUACAGCUGGCACCAUCUCAGCCCUGAGGCUUUGUCCUUCUGGGCCUGAAACCUGCCAGGGUGGCUGUGCCUGACUCUGGUCUCUUGUAAAUUGCUAUAAAUCAGACAUAGGUCCCCAUCAAGUCACAUUAGUGCCGUCUGUACCUCAUUUCUCAGUUUCUCAUAUGCCAUUUCACAGGAAUUUCCUAACUUUUUGAUGCAGGUUGCCUUUUCCACACAUUUUAAAGAAGGUGAAUUAACUUGAGGCUGUUAAUAUGUAAACCAAGUUGAAGCAUUUGCUGGUAAAACAUAGACCUCAGUUUGAUAAUGACAACUGGCAAUGUUGCUAGAGCAAAAUGUAGCAUCCAGAAACAGAACACUGGGUAUGCACACGAGGAUAUUGAGCUGGUUUGAUGGGGGAGCAUCGAUUUUCCUCUACAGGCAAUUGCUACCACACUGCUUCUCAAAUACUCCCUGCUCCUGCUCUGUUCUGAAGUUAAAAAACGCCUGCGGUGCUGGGGACAGGGUUGAUAUAACAAUAGCUCUUUUUGUCUUUUCUUGGCGACACAGGGAGAGCAAAUUGCAAGGGAAAAAAAAGAAACAAACAAAACACAUAUCUGCCAAGAUGAGGUUUGCCCUUUUUGCCAGUGGGCUGAGCAGAGCACGUAGCGUCUUUCUCAGAGGAAUCAUGACUGCAAUGAAAAUUACAAUUCCAGUGUCAGGAAAUCCUAAGUUUUCCCAGAUGAAAUGACCAGAGGAGAUUUUUUGGUCACUGAAGACUAUUAGCCACUUCCCCAAAGACAACAUAGGAGUUAAGAGUGCAAGCAGCUGCCCUCAAGUGACAGGACUAUAUAAACCUCUGUCUCCAGGGCAAUAGAAAUGAAACUACCUCUAGUGCUAUUGGAAAAUCCUUCCUUGUUUCUUACUGGGUACAAACAAGCAGAAUUAAAUCACUAUUUUUUCCUUACUCAGGGCUGUGCAUCUUGUAGAUGAAGGAAGAUAAAUGUAUAACUGUCCAUCUCUGGCAGCUUGUCUGGCUGAUACUCUGUUCACAGGGGCUGGAGAAAACCAACUUCCAGAGUGAGGCAACAACUCAUUUGUACUGAAAUCAAGUCCUAUUUUUCCUUUCAACUAGGGAAGGUCCAACAUCAACAUUGCUGUCAUAGCAGCUGCACAAGGAAAUAAGUGAUUUCCUGUCUGAGCAUGUUCCAUAACUCAGCAUUUUAUUUUUGUGCUAACCACAACCAGGUGUGUCACCCCACCCUGUGCUGGGGCACUCUACCCCAUCCCCUGCUGUUGGAAAGACACUGGGAAAACAUCAUCGGGGCAAAACAUCCCACAAAAUGCCUCCUCAGUACUUGUGCCAAAUGCCUUUCCUAGAAACAUGCUGCCAAGACAGAGCUUUCUAGACUUUUGGAGUAGCCAAGAACUAUUCUUGCAGCAUACGCCCCUUCCUCCCAGAGCUGUCAACCUAAAUCAGGACAAGAAAUCCAUUCCUUGUGUCCUGGUUUUGGCUGCAAUAGAGUUAAUUUUUUUUUUCUUAGUAGCUGCUACAGUGUUGUGUUUUGGAUUUAGUAUGAGAAUAAUGUUGAUAACACACUAAUGUUUUAGUUGUUGCUCAGUAGUGAGCACUCACUUAGUGAGUGACUUUUUGGUGUCUCAUGCUCUGCCAGGGAGCCAAGAAGUCAAGAGGGAACGUGACCAGGACAGUUGACCAGAACUGGCCAAAGGGAUAUUCCAUACCAUAGAACUUCAUGCCCAGUAUAUAAAGCAGGGAGAGUUGUCCAGGAAGGGCCAAUCACUGUUCAGGGACUGGCUGGAUAUCAGUCAGUGGGUGGUGAGCAAUUGUAUUGGGCAUCAUUGUUUUUCCUCUUGGAUUUUAUUCCUUUCAAUCUCCCUCUCUUUUCCACUACAAUUGUUUUUAUUAUUAUUGUUUUUAUUAUAUUUUACUCUAUUUCAAUUAUUAAACUAUUCUUAAUUCACGGGUUUUAUGUUUUUCAAAUUCUCUUCCACAUCCCAGUGGGAGUACAGAGGGGGUGGUGAGCAAGUGGCCACAUGGGGUUUAAUUGCUGCCUGAGGUUAAACCAUGACACCUCAGCACAACCUUCAGUCCAAACUUGCUCCAGAAUCCAGAAGAUAAUGAAACUUUCUAUCUGGCUAUGUAAAUUAUGGAGAAAAAAAAAGACAUCCAUCCCUCUUAUUUCCUUUCCUUUCCUCAGUAAUAAUUCUUAUAAUAAGACAAAAGAGUUAACCUGCAUCCUAAAAGGAGCAGAUUCUGCUUGGGUGCAGUGCCUCUAAUGUCCGUGAGAGGGCUAUCAGCAAGUGCGUUUGGGUUUUCCACUCUCAUACAGAAAUACAGAAAAUGCACUGCCAGCUGAUUACAAAAUUCACAGACACUUCCUGCUCCCUCACAAGCUUUUGCACAAUCUCUGGCUCACACCGAAGUGCUCUUGCACUAACUGGAGCAGGAGGCAGCAGCUGGGUGCAACGUGACCUCCUCUCCCCAAAGCAGCUCUUGCAGUGACAAAGUCAUUAAUGACUUCGCAGCAUCAAGUGCCCUCGAAGGGGGCACUUUGAGGGUUCUGCUGCCUCCAGCCCUGGCUCCCCACAGGUUCCUGGACAAUUUUCUGCAUUGUCAGAGUGUCUGAGACAAGUCCCAGGCCAAGGACUGGUUUUCUUAAUAUGGUAGUUGAAAUAAACCACAUUUUAAUCAUAUGCAGUUGAAAGGCUCUGUCAUACCCAUAAUGACGUAUUUUGUGUCUGAUCAGGUUUGAAUUUAUUCUCAUCAUUAAAUAGGGCAAAUUUUACAAUAAAACAUGCUUUCAAAGUGAAAAAAUCAGAGCAUUUUAACUGAAAAUAUGUGAAAAUGAAAUCUUAUCUCUAUACGUGUAUAUUUUAUUCAUAUAUGUCACAUAUUAAUCAAAAUAUUUCAUACUUUUUUCCUUCUCUGUAUAUAUCAUACUAUUACCUUAAUCCAAAAGAUGCUUUCUAAAUCAGACACAAUUUUUGGACACCAGAGAGACUGGGGGGGAAUAAGCCAUUUGUAAGAAAAAAAAAAAAAAAGGAAAAGCUGAACCCCAAAUCCUUUUCUAGGUCUGAGAUUUUGCUACCAUUCACUUUUACAGUCACCACUAGAGCUGGUGGUUUUUCUGAAUGCACCUUGAGGGAAAUUCAACCCGUCCUGAGGUCAACAUGAAUGUCAGCAUUACCUUGAUGGACAGGUCCUAUUUGAGAGGUGCAUGAUCUGUAGGCUAGUGCUGGUUAAUUGCAGAGGUCUAAAUGUGCCCUUUAGAUUGCUCCUUCAGCUCAUCUGAGACUUUGUACAUUAUCUUUGGGACAUUAAGCAUGGCAGGAUGAGCUCUCCAGGGAAAUGUUGCCAGCAUUCUGAUGGCAGGUCCCAUGGAACACGAUGUACUUCUAUCUCCAGCUUCUGGAGUCAUAUGACUAUGUGAGGAUCUCAGCUUUCAUGACAAUGAAGAGUAUGCUUCUAGUCAUUGAGACUGCAGAGAAAAGCUGGCAAAUGUCACCUCCGAAAGGCAAAAGAUCAGAGGACAAAUAAAAGGAAUCUCAGCUACACCAAGAGACUGAUUUUUAAUUUAACUACAUGGCUUAAAAACAGCACAGUUUUGAGGACCAACUGUUAAAUUUUGAAUACUUGGAAUAAGAAAUAAUAUAAUGAAAUUCUUGAAGAGUGAAAAAAUUGCUCUUCGCUUUUUUUUUUUUCUUCUCUCCCUGCCCUUCUUCCUUCCUUUCUAAGGCUCUAAGCUCUUUGAUGCCUCUCAGUCCAGAGCUGCCACUGGAGGAGGAUGCUGUUAACCAGUCAGACGGAGUGUGAGUACUGGGAAUUUUCCAGGUUUACAAAACGUUUUCCUUGCAUCUGCCAAAGCUGACGGCAGACGUUGCUGAACACGUGCCACUGGAAAAUCACAAGCAGGCCGACUGCCAAAUAUGCAGAGCCCUUUGGACGGAGGCACGCCAGGGUCUCUUGAGUGUGAAAGGACGCUGCCGUGUCUGAGCCAUCCGGGCGGCGCUGCCGGCUGGCCCCGGACACGUGUCGGCCCACGGCCGCCUUCCCAGCCAGGAGGGCUGGGGAUGAGCCAGGCAUUGCCCGAAGAGCCAUCCCGGGAGCUGCCGAGCUGCACGUCAGAGCGGGUCUUGAGCGAGGACUGUCCGCCUGCCGUCAGAAGCCGGCGUUUAUUUGUAAUGGAACAGGUUAAGUGGAAGUAAAGUGUUCAGCACGGAAUAAACAAUCUCGGCUAAUGGCUUGUUGACAUUCAAUCGCAGUUCAGCAGGGACAUCUCCAGCACCCCUUGAAUCUUGUGCCAAGCCAUUAAACCCUUCUCACUUGGCAAUAGGCAUUUGAAAAAUGAGGCUAAAAAGAAAGCUACUGAGUAAUUAGUCUACUGUGAGCAUGUGAAGAAGAGUGUCACCCGUGUGGUGUGGGGAAUUUUAAAUUUAUACUGUACAUGUAUAUCCAUACUCUCUGGCAGUGCCCAAAACUAGGAGAAAGAUACCGAAAAGUAUGUAAGUUUUUGUCCCAGCCUCAAAUGAGUUGUGACACACAGGAUUUGGUGAGGGAGUCCAUUUGCCCGUGGCAUUGUGGAAAAGAAGGAGAUAUUUUUUACAACUUGAUGAAUCUCAUUACUGUCAUAAUUUCUCAUCCAGAGAAAAGCUGUUGGGAAAGAAUGAAUCUGUGGAACUUAGAGAGAUCAUAAUUUUUCACAGGAUCAAAGAAUGGUUUCGGCUGGAGGAAACCACCAAAAAUCGUCUGGUCGAAGCUCCCUGCCGUGGGCAGGGCCAUCUUUCACUAGACCAGGUUGCUCAAAGCCCAUCCAACCUGACCUUGAACACUGGGCAACCUGUUCCACUGUUUCACCACCUUCAUUGUAAAACUUCUUAUUUAUAUCCAGUUUUGGUACUAUGUGUCCAGGUGAGAACCUCAUCUUACAUGUACAGAGAAGAGUGGAAUAUUCCCACAUGAACACACACCUCUGUAUACAACUGCUCUCAUUUGAGUUGAUUUCUGUCUUCAUGCUUUUGCACUGAAGCCAAAUACUUCCAUUAAACUAUUUAUUUCCACAGGACAUGCUCAAUGGCAUCCAUUUUUGGAAUAUGACUUUCAGGGAGUUAUUCUUGAUUUAUAGCAACUUAAUGAAAAAAUUGAAUAAAGCUCCAUCUUACAGAAGGUUUUGUCAAAAUACUUAGGGCCUAAAUUCUGCCUUCCAUUAACAAUAUGCCUUUUAAUCAGAUGCUUGUAAUUCAUAGCCUAAUGUAGAUUAUGUAUGCAUGUGUUAUGUGCCAAGCCUAUAUAUACCUGUUGGAGGGAGCUCCAAAAAACCCCAAACCGUCUGUUUUGGAUGUUAACAGGAAAGCACAGGGAAGCUAGAAUUUUUAGGCACUAUGUAUAGCCAAGAAUUUGGUGCAUGCUCAGUGCAGAAGGGAUGAAGGGAGGAAAUACAGGUGGAUUUAUGCCUUUACAGAACCAGCCAAGCUGGGACAGCCUCGCAGCUUGCUGCCUGUGCCCCUCAGAGGUUGUUGCAGCUUUAUGUACCGAAACGCUGCCUGGGGCUGACAGACUACCAGCAGGACUGAUUAAACCAGCCACUGGAAAAAUCCCCGGGAAGCUAAUCAAAACAUAGCAUUUCCAGCGCUGAAACACGAGCUGUGUUAGCUCCUAGAACCGACUCCUGGGUUUGGGUGUUUUAAAUCACCCGUUCCCACGGGCGGGGGCACAGCAGCCCGUGGUGGGGAGGGGGCGGCACAGCGGGUGCCUCUCACGGCGCGGCAGAGCCGGGGCUGUGCGGGGCUCUGCUCAGGUGAGGCACGACCCACCAGCCGUGUGCUACUGACCUGCGGGAAUUUGCUGAAGGACUUAUGGCAAUGACACGUAAAGGAUACCAGAGUGACUACAUAAUCAGGCAGCGCAGAAUUUCCUUCUGAGCUUUCUGUUCUUCGAAAUUUUCUCUAAGUAAAGAGCUUAUUUGUGAAUAUGAUGAAUGGCUCAUGAAACGGCUUGUACAGCAGGAUGCUCACAGUAAAAUGGAUUUGGAGCAUAAAAGGCAGCAUUAUUAUUAUUCCCCUGCCUGCCUGGCUUCUUGCCAGCCUCCUGCUGCCUUAUAUCUCCCAUCACAGGAGGCUGGAAAAAUUCCCCCUAGGAUUGAUUAACAUGAGAGAGACCUGUGAAAAAUGGAGGCGGUAUGAAGGAAGGAGGAGAUGGUGGAAGGAAGAAACCAGGCUUGCAAGCACUGACACCAGCAGUUGAAUGCCUGGAGAGAUCUUUGCCAUUUUUGCUCUUGCCACAUGUGGAGGCUUUCAAGGUAAAACUACCCUUCUAGUUUCCUGCGAAGGUGUGGUAAACAAAACAGUUACAGCUGCUUUUGCUUAUCCAUUCAGGUUGAAUACUGUUGAAUUUAGUGCACCAGACCCAAAAGGCUGUGCUGGUACUUGGACUGACGUCCAUCUUGUGGGCAACUUCUCCUCUUCUGCACAGUUCUUUGUUACACUUGGGGUGUUGGUGUUCCUCUACUGCAUGGCUACCCUUGUGGUAUAUAUUGGAUACAACCAUGUGUAUCAGCAAAAUGACAAGUUUCCACUAACUGACUUGGCUAUCAGUGUCUUGAUAGCCAUUUUGUGGAUGGUCAGUACUUUUGUUUGGGCAAAGGCACUUGCUGACAUCAAAAUGUCCACGGAGGCCAACAUUAUUCCAGGAAUUGAAGCUUGUAAAGCACCAGGAACAACAUGUAAUUUUGUUUCUGUGACCAGCAUGGGAAUUCUGAACUUGUCUGUGGUAUUUGGCUUGCUUAAUGCAGCUUUAUGGGGAGGAAAUGUUUGGCUUGUAUACAAGGAUACCAAGUUGCACAACCAAUGGAACAGAAUUUCUGAAAGUCCAACUGAAAGAGAAGUAUAAAAACAAGUUGAUACUUUAAAAUGCUUCCACUUUUACACCUCACUGCCAAGAGCAUAGAUUCGUUAGGAUUUGUUUCAGUAAUAACUGAUAAUACUUCAUAAAAACUUCUGGUUUUGUACUACGGUUUGACAUAAGGUCUCGCAUACUCCAAUUGAAGCAUUUAAUUAUCUUGCAAUAUAUUAUGCCUUUUGAAGUUGUGCAGCUCUUUAUUACAAUUUUUGAAGAGCAAAAUGAUGAGGUUAUCUGGAUGCUGACCCUUUCUGGUUCUUAAUAUAGCUUUAUAGGAGAGAUGGGUGAGUUGAGUUCUAACAAGUCUUAUCUGAAAAAUGAAACCAGGGCAUGCAAAAGUGCAAUUUGGUUUCUUCCUAUCACUAAUACCUUGCAAAAAUCACCUGAGUAGACCUUGUAGCUCUGUUAGUGUUACAGCCAUGACAUGUAGGUUUCCAGGUACUUCAUUCAGAUCAUGGUAUCAAACCUUCCUGCCUGUCAGGAAGGACAUUACUUCUGUGUUCAAUAUGUUGUUACUAUCCAAGAUUUUUUGGAUGAGUUUAUACUGAAGCUAUAAGAUAAGAUGAGGGUUUAUAUAUGUGUGGAAUAGAGGAGUUAAACACUGAAGGCAAAGUUGGGAAGAAAAAAUAAAAUAUGGCCCAAAACUCUUAUAAAUACUGUAGAAAUCAAAGUUGAUAUAUUGUAACUGCUACUGCCUGAGCUUCUGUGUAUUCCCUUCGAGGUGCAUGAACAAUGUUUGUGUGUGAAAUAACAUAACUGGAGAUGUCUGAAUAUGAAUAAUUUUUUCAUUGAUGUUGUUCAGCUCAUCCAUUGGAAAUAAUAUUUGGGUCUUCUCAUGUGGGUUUCUUGCUUAAGGUGUCUGACUGUGUGAAUUGUCCAGAAUGAAUGUUAUGGCAAAUCUAAUAAACAAGCUGUUUGCAAGCUGUUUUGAUUUGUUUAAACUGUUUGUGAUGAAAAUAGACAUAGUAGUGUGUAUAAAACACAAAUCCUAAUUGUUCCACGUGUCAGAGCUACUGACUUUCUGAUAGUAAAUUUACAGUCCAAAGAGGCUAUAAUAAAGGCUGUAUGAUUGCUGAAAAAUUGUGUCUUGGGU